AUGGCAAUGACCAGCAUCUUCACCUCAAUACGAUAUCUCUACCUAAAAGUCCUCAUCACAUUUUCCCGCCUCCUAAUCAACCUUCUCUCUUCAUCCCCAAAACCAAACCCGGACUACAUAUUACAAAUCCCAUCUCGACAAAGCAACCGAACCAUAAAAGUCCACGUCUACAACCCGCUCGCAGAAAAUAUCGGUGAAGCCCCUAGUCCCGGUCCAGCCCCCGUGCUCAUAAAUCUCUACGGCUCCGGCCUAACAAUCCCACUCCACGGCCUCGACGACCCAUUCUGCCGAUUCGUCUCCAAGAACACGAAUUACAUCGUACUGGACGUUGAAUACAGUCUUGCGCCAGAGUUUCCCUUCCCAAACGCUCUAAACGAUGUCGAGGAUGUUCUGAACUAUGUCGAAAGUCAUCCGGAUCAGUAUGAUUCGGAGAAGAUCUCUAUUUCGGGAUUCUCGUCUGGUGGGACUCUUGCGUUGGCGAUUGCAGCAUCAGCAUCAGCAUCAGCAUCAACAUCGACAACCCACAUCCGCCGCGCCCCAUUCAAAUCCCUAAUAGCAUUCUACCCAGCAACAAAUCUAUCCCAAGACCCAGCCCUACGAAAAACACCCGUCGGCGGCAAAGAACGCUCACCAUUCUGGACGAGGAUUUUCAGAAAAGCGUACAUCGGGCCGUACGAUUCUAGAGAUCCGAGGAUUUCGCCUGCUUUUGUCACGGAUGAGGAUAUGGCCCGGUUGCCGCAGUAUAUGCUCUUCGUUACGGGGGGGGUUGGAUGCUUCUGCGGCUGA